UGUUGACAGUAGCCAUGAAAUGACUUAGUCUCUCGCUGACGGCGGCUAGGCUCACGUCUGGUCUUGUCCGUGCUUACGUGAGAUGCGAGUUGAAAUGGAUCCUGCCUCUAUUUUCGAGGAUGCACUUAAAGGUCUUGCUACUAAGGAUUUUGACGCAGACGAAGAACCUUCCAGUAAUCUAAAUGCUUCAGUUAAUGUCGUGAAUGACGAUGUAAAACCUGGAUUUAAUGAGACUUUCACGGAUGCUGGUAUAAAGGUUAUUUCAGCACCAACUAUAGCUAAACCGCCAAAUGAAGUUGCCACUACUUCUCAGAAUGAUAUAAUACUCAGUGCACUCAUAAAUGCAGGCAUUGCACCAGCCUCUCUAAAACCCCAAGAAACUUUUAGCAAUCCUCCCUCAGUUUCGAUCACCGCAAAUCCCAACGUAAAAGUUCUUAGUUCUCGAGGACCUACUAUCCUCAGGGUGAUGCCAUCGGCUAAUGGUAGCAGUCCACCUAUUGCUCAGGCCCAUUCUCCUCAAAUGGCUAGCCAUCUAUUAAGAAAGCCGGGUGAUAAUGGUCGUGUGGCUUCCCCAUCGCUUACACACCUACCGAACAUCAUAAGAAAGCGGCCCCCUUCGCUUAUCGAAACCAGUCAGCCGAUUUCGAAGGUGAGACGUGUGGCAUCCCAAGGUCAUAUGGAUGGAGAAGUUGUUGGUCAGACCAAUUCCGCUUUUCCAAGCGUAUCUACUGUUCCAACAAGUUUGAAUAAUUGGUACCAAACUCCAAAUAUUCCACGGCCAUCAUUACCUCACAAUCUUCGGCUGUCUAAUCAUGUCCAGCAAACGCCCAGACCUUACCCAGUGAUAAAACGUGAUGAAGAUAUGGAUGAAGAUGAAGAUCUAGCUCAAGCGGAAACCUAUGCUGAUUACAUUCCAUUGAAAUUAAAGUUUGGACGAAAACAUCCAGAUCCUGUAGUUGAAUCAAGUUCCCUAUCCAGCGUUUCUCCUCCAGAUAUACAUUACCGCCUAUGUCUGCCAGAUGAAGUAAUCGACCGUGCAUGUCUUUCAGCAUUGCAGUUGGAGGCAGUGGUAUAUGCCUGUCAACGUCAUGAGUGCAUCUUACCGAAUGGUCAACGAGCUGGCUUUCUGAUUGGCGACGGGGCAGGUGUGGGAAAAGGUCGCACCAUUGCCGGAAUAUUGUAUGAAAAUUAUUUACGACAUCGUAAAAAAGCCAUUUGGCUAUCAGUUUCCAAUGAUCUCAAAGUUGACGCUGAACGUGAUCUACGUGACGUGGGUUUGGGGAAGAUCAAAGUUCAUUCGUUAAACAAGUUUAAAUAUGCACGUAUCUCUGGUAAAACUAAUGGACGUGUUAAGAAAGGCGUGAUUUUCUCCACAUACUCUUCGUUAAUUGGUGAAAGUCAAGGCAGCGCAAAGGCGAAAUACAAAACACGGCUAAAACAACUAGUUCAUUGGUGUGGGAAAAAGUUCGAUGGUGUGAUUGUAUUCGAUGAAUGUCAUCGAGCUAAGAAUCUUACACCGAGUGGAUCACAAAAACCAACAAAAACUGGUUUAACUGUUCUUGAAUUACAGAACAGAUUACCAAAUGCUAGGAUUGUAUACGCUAGUGCAACAGGUGCUACUGAACCACGUAAUAUGGCCUAUAUGACACGUUUAGGUCUAUGGGGUGAUGGUACACCGUUCAAAACAUUCAAUUCAUUCAUUCAAACCCUUGAACGCCGAGGUGUAGGCGCCAUGGAGUUAGUUGCUAUGGAUAUGAAAUUGCGUGGAAUGUAUAUUGCUCGUCAGCUUAGUUUUCAUGGUGUACAUUUUGGUAUUCAAGAAGUGCAUAUUGAAAAUGUUAAAUUGGGAAAUGAUAGUUUUAUUCAUGUAUAUAAUCAGUCUACCGAUCUGUGGGUCUAUGCAUAUCGUUUCUUCACUGAAGCAUCACGCUUGCUAAAUCUCAGUGAUCGUUAUCGUAAAACUAUGUGGGGACAAUUUUGGUCGGCUCAUCAACGAUUUUUCAAGUAUCUUUGUAUUGCUGCCAAAGUGGACACAUGUGUUGAAUUCGCUAAAAAUGCCAUUGAAGAGGGUAAAUGUGUAGUCAUUGGUCUUCAAUCAACUGGUGAAGCGAAAACACUAGAACAAGUUGAAGAAUAUGGAUCAGAUUUAGGCGAAUUUGUAUCAACAGCAAAGGGUGUAUUUCAAUCAUUAGUUGAAAAGUAUUUCCCAACACCAACAAAUGUAGAUAAUUUCUCUCUUCGAGGAGAUAAAUUAGCCUCUGCAGGUGAUCGUAGCUCGAAUACCACACUCAGCAGAGCAGGACGUGCAAUUGCAGCUGGUCAAGGCAGUGGACUUGGACUGAAAGAUAUUCUUGGCGAAAAAAUGCUUGCCAAGUUGGUCGCCGGUGGCAGUUUAUCUGGAUCGAAUCUUGAUAGUGAUUUUGAAGGCAACAAGCCUGAAGAUAAAGGAUCCGAUUCUGAUGAUAUUGAUGGUGAUGAUGAUGAGCAUUCUGAAGAAUCAGAAGAUGAUGAAGACUCGGAUUUCAAUAAUGCUGUAAAAGUCAAUGGUGUUAAUCCACUCGGGGGGAAUUCAUCUUCGUCAGAUUACUAUGAUUCCGAUUUAGAGUUGAAUUCAUCCCAGGAAACUUCUAAGAAAAAACGAUCGAAAAAAUCUAAUUCAAGUAAAAAACAAAGUCAGUCAUCUGAUAGACGUAAACAAAAGUAUACACGUGAUGGUGAUUCACCGAGUGGUUUAUCUGAUGAUUCCGAUGAAGAUUGGGAUCCUGAUGCAUUGUUCGACAGUUUUUUAGCUCGGAAUAUGAAUUUAUGCAAUUCAGGUUCAGAGCAUAGUAGCCUAAGUAAACGAUCUGAUGGAAAUAGUAAACACGUCACUGAUGAUAUAUGGGGUGAUGAAUUCACACGCAAGCUAUCACAACAGUAUCUUAUGGGACGAGGUUCAAACCAGUCAUUGGCUGUCAGUAGUAGUGAAACAAAAGUCUCACCAGAGGAGGCUAAACGACAGUGUACUGAAAUGCAAAAUCUCCUGUUGCGUUUCAUUGAAAAAUUGGGUGCUAAAUUGCCUCCAAGUUCUCUGGAUGAAUUGAUUGAUAAGUUGGGUGGACCGUCAAAAGUUGCUGAAAUGACCGGUAGGAAAGGUCGAAUGGUUAUGGGCGAUGAUGGUCGUGUAUCGUAUGAAUCUCGUCGGGAGAGUGAUGUCAAUUUGGAAUUACUUAAUCUAACAGAGAAACAACGUUUCAUGGAUGGUGAAAAAUUAAUCGCUAUUAUAUCUGAGGCUGCCAGUAGUGGUAUUUCUCUUCAGGCUGAUCGACGAGCGAUUAAUCAACGUCGACGUGUUCACAUCACCUUGGAACUUCCAUGGAGUGCAGAUCGUGCUGUUCAGCAGUUUGGUCGUACGCAUCGUUCCAAUCAAGUCAGUGCGCCUAAGUAUAUCUUCCUGAUAUCCAAUUUGGCUGGUGAACAGCGCUUUGCAUCAACAGUUGCUAAACGUCUGGAGUCACUUGGUGCUUUGACGCAUGGUGAUAGAAGAGCUACAGAAACGCGUGAUUUAUCACAGUUCAACUUAGAUACUAAGCUCGGUCGGGAAGCUUUGGAAGUAGUAUUACGAGCGUGUAUUUUGGGAGAGGAAGGAUUAGUUGAACCGCCAAAUGACUAUAUGCCUAGUUCACCUUUUGACUCUUCUGGUGAUCGAGAAAAACUAGACGCACAGUCAUUUUUCCAGGAUGUUAGAGCCAGUUUACAAGGUGUCGGUUUAGCCACCGGUAGAUAUCGUGAGAAGGACAGUAAUCAAAUGUCAAAGUUCCUCAAUCGUAUACUCGGCAUACGCGUUAAUAUUCAAAAUGCUUUGUUCCAAUAUUUCUCCGAUACACUGGAAGAGAUUACCAGACGUGCUAAACGUGAUAAUCAAUUGGAUUUAGGCAUUAUGGAUUUAGGUACAACUGGACAAAAUUUAGAUAUAGCAUGGACGAAAAGUUUCGAUACCUGGUUUCUAUCCGAAUCUACUCAGGUUCAUUUACAUAAAGUGACAGCUGAACGUGGUUUAACUUGGUCAAGUGCUAUGGAGAUAUACACUCAGCAUGAUGGUAUAAACGAUGGUUUUUAUUUACCUUCAACGCCUACUAGUAACAAGCUUGUUAUCCCUAUUCUUGCUGUCUAUGUGAAAUCUCGUACCUCACGAGCAACAAGUUCAUCUGAGUCGAAAUUAUAUCGUAUAUAUCGUCCAAAUACUGGAUUACAGGCUAAACCAAUUGAACUAGAGAAAUUACAAGAACGCUAUAAGCGUGUAUCUAAUCCAUCUGAUUGUCAAGAACCUUGGAGUCGAAUAUUUAGAGAAAGUGCAAAGCGUUGUAUUCAUAUGUUACUUCAUGGAUUUUGUUCAACAAGUGUUCAAAAUCGAACAGCUUGUGAAGUUGGUCUACGAAUGCGUAAUUAUUAUGUUCUUAGUGGAUCAGUAUUAAAUGUUUGGGCAAGAAUUGAACCAGUACUUCAAUAUCGUUCAAAUUCUAAUCGUUGUAUGCAAGUUGUACGUCUGAAAUCAAAAGAUGGAAAGCGUAUUAUUGGUUCACUUAUUCCACAAGAAUGUGUACAAGAUGUGUUAGCGUGUUUAUCAUUACCACCGGAAGCAGGACAAACACAAUUGCCUGAGGAUAACUCUUCAACCAAGUCAAUAUUUCCUCGCAAUCAAAAUUCAUCUAGUCUACGAAAUAAUAAUAAUAAUUUUCUUGCUUCAUCUGAUAAUGCUUGUGUUCCUUGGCCCAGAGGUCAAAGACCUUGUUCACGAUUACCUCAACGUCCUAGAAUGUGGGGUAAUCGUUCAGCUUCAAUGUUUAAUCAACGCGGCAGUUCUAUCCUUGGACGUGGUACGUCUCCCUAUUCAUAUGGCACUGAUCAACGACAAUGGGGUGGUGGUGUUGGUGGUGGUACACUGCGUGAAACUCUGACAACUGGGAUGAAUCAGUCUCUAGAUCACAAUCGACCUAAUUUUAUGCCUAAUUCUUCGUAUACACGGUUCCCUACACCCAAUUCAAAUUUCACCAGUCCUGUUCAGCAGCAGCAACCAGCUACUGGCUUUUUGCAUAAUUCCCAUCUACGUGCAUCAUCGGCAACAGAUUCCGACAGUAGAACUCUUCGAAUGAUGAAUUCUCCGCCUAAAUUAGGCAGUCGGUUGAAUGCUGCCCUGUCUUUACCCAUAGCCUCAUCCGAUAAUCGUAAUGUUGGUAUGCCAGCAUCGUAUACUACUACUUCUACUACAAAUAGUCAUUUUACAGUCCCCUCUAAUAAUCUUUCAAAUAAUAAUUUAUCUUCGUUCAGUUCAUCAGCUAACAAUCACAGUAUAUCAUCGUCAUCAUCACUAUUAUCAGCAGCAACAGCGGCACCUCCCACAAAUGGUGAUACUUCCAGUGAUGUAAGGCGUGGAACAAAUAAAAUGACACGCUUUAAAAUAAAAUGGAAGGAAGGAUGAUUCUUCUCUUCGUCUUAUUAUUAUUAUUUUUUAUCCUCGCAAGAAGUGAAUGGGAGGAAUAUCUUCCUGUUUAUAAAAUGAUAGUCUUUCUAAAAAAAUCAAUACAACACACACGCACAUAUACGCACACACUUGUGAAUUCAGUCAGCUUUUGUGCUGUGUUACUAUUAUUAUUUUGUGAUGGUAAUUGUCAACACUAUUGUCUCAUGUACAUGUGUAUGAAAGGAUAAACAUAAACUUGCUUACUUAUUUAUCGCUGCAUAAAUUGAAGAUUUCCUUUUUCUACCAUUUUGUUUUUGUUUGUUUUUUUUUUGAAUUAUUUUUGUAUUAUUGUUACUAUUACGACGACAACAACAACAACACCUACUACUACUACUAUUAAUUUAGAUAUAAAUUUCUGUAUAGAGAAGAUAUAACCCCCCCGCCCCCACCCCUUAGUGAUUUCGAAUUUUCAAAGAAACUAGAGACUCCUGAUCAUUCGACUUCUUGUUACUACGCACUAAACUGUGAGUAAUAGAAUGAUGUGCGUGUAUUUGUGUGUGUGUGUGUUUGUUGUAGCACAGAAGAGAGUAUCUUGGUUUAGUCAGUCAGUCACUCUCGCUGUCUCUCCCACUUGUGAAUGGAUACUCUGCGCCUCCAGUUGUUCAUUGGCAUACUGUGAGCAACAUUUGUACAUAGAAUAUCAUUAUUAUUAUUAUUAUUACUACUACUUCUGUUGUUCUUCAGGUGUUUUCUGUUUGUUUCUCUGUUUAUUGGCUUUCUUUUUCUAAACCCACCAAAACACACACUUUCUCUAGCUGGUGGUUUUCCCCACACUGUUUGUUCCUACUAAUCAUCUUUUUAUCUCCUCCUCUUCCUCUUACCACUGCUACGAACAGCAGCAGCAACAACAGCAAAGACAAUGUGCACAAAGUGUAAAGGGUGUUAUUAUUAUUAUUAUUAUUAUCUUUUUUGUUCUAAGUUGUUCAGUUCAUGCACGUAUUAUUACUAUUAUUAUUAUUAU